GAACGCAGCAUGAGCUUCCGCCGUUUCAAUGCGUUUGGUCAAGGCCUUCUGUAAACUUUAGCCCACACGGGAAUUUCCUCGAUACAUCUGUGAAAGAAAUUUUGGUUUGUUUGUCUGUUGUUGGCAAAAAAUCACCCAAAUUCUAAUGUUCUAAUUUUUAGUUCAAAUCCAACAGAAGUUAGCUUUAUUUCCCGGACUUUGACGGUCAGGAGGAGGCAGAGCGCCAGUGUUUGGCUAGUUAGCGGCUAGCAGUUCUGAUCAGUUGGCCCAAAUGAAAAUCAAACAGGGAAGACCAUUUAGAUUAACUAUAUAUGAAAAGUGAGAACGUUCAUGUGAAGUAACCAAGUUUGACAUGGAUCUAAACUUCUAUUCUGGUUUGUCGGAUGGUUCCUCAAACGUUGAUUCGGAGUUUUUGGACAGCCAGGCGUACGGCGAAUACGCGGAGGAGAGUAAGUUUGCUGGCGGUAGGGAUAGUUACCUCAGCGUCAGUGGAGCUGGUCAUCACUUUCUGUCUGCUGAGCAGACAUUUCACACACCUAGUCUCGGGGAUGAAGUUUUUGAAAUUCCCCCAAUUUCCCUUCAUCCACACCCCACCCUGGGCAUCAGUGAUGCUGUGUCCCACUUUGAGUUGACAGAUGGGUCUGCAGGCUCCCAAAGCCUGGUGAGCAAUCUGGUGGUAGAGGCCAAUGAUCCCUCCUUUGCCUCCAACUUUGUGAACCUGGGGACUUUGGGCCAAACUGGAGGGGGUCCCUUGCUAAGUUCUUUGGCCCUGGAACUGGGAAACUCCAGUGGCUCACCUUUCAGCCACUCGCCCCCCGUGACCAUCGAUGUUCAGCUUGGUGACGUGGGCCAAGGCCUGCUGGGGAGCAGUCACCUCACCAUGACCAACCAGUCAGAGCUAACUCUGGGUCAUCACUCGGAGGCGCCUGAGCAGCCGCUGUCAGCAACGCCGUCUCCUGCUGGUUCCUUGCAGGACGAAGACGUGGAAGACUUCAAGAGGAGUGUGCUGGUCGACUCGCCCGUGCUUCUUUCGUCCUCCUCCGUCGUCUCCAACAUGUCCUUAAACCCAGCUCCCCCAUCCUUUGCCUCCCCUGCCACAGGCAGGAGGGGUGGGGUGAAGCCUGCUGCAUUGGCUGAAGCAGCAGGUGGGAAGAAAGUUAAGAAGAAGAAAGAUCCCAAUGAGCCCCAGAAGCCAGUUUCAGCGUACGCGCUGUUCUUCAGAGACACCCAGGUAGCCAUUAAGGGCCAGAACCCCAACGCCUCCUUUGGAGAAGUGUCAAAGAUUGUUGCCUCCAUGUGGGACAGCCUGGCAGAGGAGCAGAAACAGGUGUACAAGAGGAAGACGGAAGCAGCUAAAAAGGACUAUUUAAAGGCGCUGGCAGCUUACAGAGCCAGCCAGCUGUCACAGUGUUCCACUAACGAGAUGGAGUUGACCCCUUCUCCACCUCCGCCUAUCAUUGAUCUGACUUCUGCAGCCCCUACAUCCAACAUCAGCCCAGAAGAGAACACCAUCGCCAACAUUUGUGCCUCCAACAUCAUCCUGGACGUUCCAGAGAUGACCACUUGUUCCCGCCCUGGAGCAAACGAAGGCUCUUUUGCUGCAGCAACCGCGCCUCCAACCCAGACCAUCACCAAGAUCAUCAUCCCAAAGCACAUGCUGCAGGCGGGGGGGCAGGUGGUGACUCUGCUGCCGGGGGGGGUCCACACACUGCAGCCCACUCUGAUGGUUUCCAACACCCCUCGUCAGCCUCCUCCACUGCAGCAGAUGCAGAAUGCACCUCCUCCUCCUCGGCUCCAGCAGAUGGCUCCAACCCCUCCGCCUCUACAGGCCAAACCCCAAGAGGGAGGCGCCAAUCAAGGCCACGCUGUGUCCGUCACAGCUACUCCUCCACCUCCGCUCCAGAUAAAGAUAGUUCCCGGCUCCAUCCAGUCCCUCCAGGGCAAAGAGUCGGCACAAAUUAUUGUACCCAGUUCAGCUGCUGCAGGUUCUGCUGCUUCUUCAGGCAAUCAGGUGGACGAUGUAGUCACGGUUCUGGAUUCAGACGAGGAUGAGAUGGAGGUGAGCGUGUCUAGUGAACCCACCCCCGUGUGUGUGAGGGCCGGCUGCAACAACCCAGCUGUGGACAGUGACGACUGGGACAAAGAGUACUGCAGUAAUGAAUGUGUGGCCACCCACUGCAGAAACGUGUUUAAAGCCUGGUGCUCCAUCAGGAACCAGAACCUGGGAACGGUGAAGUAAUGGAAACCUCUGCACACCGGCCAUUUAAAGAACUGUUAUUAGAUGGGUUUUGAAUGACAAACCUGUGAAACGACAGGUUAGAUUAUAUUCCUCUACUGAUGAGUCAAACUUUCACUAUUUUGUACUUGAACAGUUUUUUUUUACAUGUUUAUAACAAAAUAUUGUUAAAACUUUCCAUAUUUAAGGACGACUGUCCCUUUCUUGUCCUGCUGAGGUCGGAGCACGUCGAGUUGACGUUACCAGAGGAUGUUCAGAAACAUUUAACUCGUUUUUGGUGCUUUUUCCCCCCAAACUUUUCAAUGUUUUGAAAACUGAACCUGCAGCUGUUAUAGGUUUAGAAAACCUCUUCGUUCCUGUCGAUGGCUUCUCAGGCUGGACACUGCCUUUAGUUUAUGUGAAACAUUUUCUUUGUUUUUGUUACAAAAUUGUUCGUGUAUUUUUUUCUAAUAAAUGUGAAGAUUUUGUCUCCUCUGUAA